GAGCUCAUGCCUGGAGAUUGAUGUAGUCAACGGAUAUCCAUCAUUCAUAUCACCGACCAUCCUUGCAAAUCCUCAAAUCUGCUCAAUACCAUGCGUCGCACAAUCCUCAUCGCAUCAUUGUUCUCGUCCAUCUCCUUGGCCGCCGCCAUAUCGCCGCUCGACUUCUUCCGAGGCGGCCCGUCCUCAAACUCCCUCUCUCUUGCGCAACCCUUUCAAAACCAGAACCCGAUGAAUCCAGGCCCGGUCGACCCAUCAAAGCCCGAUGAUCAAUACAGUGGCGGUGUAGGCGGCGGGGACGGCGACAGCACACUCACCAUCUCCGACAUCCUCCCGCAAACCCGUAAGAUCAACAUCUUCGCUUCUCUGACGCGUGACAUUUCAACGGUCACGGGCCGCCUGGAGUCGACCAAGCCUCAAGACAACACCACACUCCUCGCUCCGCUGAACAGCGCAAUGCAGGCGUUGCCACGUAAGCCAUGGGAAGACAGACCAGGGGACGAUACCGGUGUCAGUGCGGAGAGGAAUGAGGACAAAGCCGCAAGCAACCUGCAGAAGUUCGUGGAGGAGCACGUCGUGCCGACGAGCCCGUGGAAAGAAGGCAAAGAACACAAAAUCAAGACCCUUGGCGGCCAGGAGUUGUGGUGGGAGCAGACAGGCGGUAAGAAGGUCAUUAUGCCGGGACAUUUAGAGGUCGAUGGCGUUGUCGGGAGAGUGGGCAAUGGAGAGAUUUGGGCGGUCAAAGGUGUGGUCAACUACGCAUAAGGGCACAGGGAUCACAGAAGGAGACCUUGGAAUGAUUACGAUGCAUGAUUUUACGUAUUUACACAAUUUUGGGUAG